AUGUUCUCCAAGACCGUUGUUGCCGCCAUUCUGGGCGCCUCCGCCGUCAACGCUCACAUGCUCAUGAGCUCGCCUACCCCCUACGGCAAAGACUCCCUCAACAACUCCCCUCUGGAGGCUGAUGGCAGCGAUUUCCCCUGCAAGCAGCGGUCCGGUGUCUAUGACGCCCCCGCUGAGGAGAACAUCCUCAACAUCGGCGAGGCCAACCCUCUGACCUUCCAGGGCAGUGCCACCCACGGUGGUGGUUCUUGCCAGGUCUCUCUCACCAAGGACCUCGAGCCCACCAAGGACUCCAAGUGGAUGGUCAUCAAGUCCAUUGAGGGUGGAUGCCCCGCCAACGUCGAAGGCAACCUUCCCGAGAACCCCGACGGCUCCGGUUCCGCUAAAUUCCAGUACACCGUGCCCGAUGGCAUCGAGCCCGGCAAGUACACCCUUGCCUGGACCUGGUUCAACCGUAUCGGAAACCGCGAGAUGUACAUGAACUGCGCUCCCGUCACCGUCAAGGGCGGCUCCUCCGCCAAGCGCUCGCCCGUCAAGCGCGACUCCAGCUUCCCCGACAUGUUCGUUGCCAACGUUAACGGCUGCACCACCGCCGAGGGCAAGGACAUUCGUUUCCCCAACCCCGGUUCCGAGGUUGAGUAUGCUGGUGACAAGGGCAACCUCGCCGAAGAGGGCAGCGAGGCCUGCACCGGUACUCCUUCUUUCGGCGCUGCUGGCAACACCCCCGGCAACUCCUCCGGUGGCUCUGAGGGCGGCUCUGAGGGCGGCAGCGAGGGCGGCAGCGAGAGCUCCGCUGCUCCCGCUCCCGCUCCCACCACCCAGCCCGCCGCUCAGCCUUCCGGUGGCGCCGACGGUGGUGUCUUCGUUCCCACUACUCAGCCCGCUGCCCCCGCUCCUACCCAGCCCGCUGGCGGUGACAACACCGGUGCCUCCGGCGCUCAGUCCGGUGCCUGCACCUCCGAGGGCCAGUGGAACUGCAUUGACGGCAGCAGCUUCCAGCGCUGCGCCAACGGCCAGUGGACUCCUUCUCAGCCCAUGGCUGGCGGCACUACCUGCACUCCUGGCCAGGCCGCUGAGCUUUCCGUCGCCGCUCUCAAGCCCCGCAUGCUCUCUGAGAUGCGCCACCGCAAGCGUGCUCACGGUGCUCACCACCACGCGUAA